CUCUUUUCUAUCUUCUUUUUUCUUCAUCAGUUGUAGAAUUAUUAGGGAAGCCAAUCUAGAAGCGAAGCAAGGUCCCCAAGAAUCUCCGUCUUCCGUUUCCCAGAUUCUCUUCUCUUCUCCAGGUAAGAAGUUCAAUUUAGAUUGAAUAUGAGAGCCUUCUAAUGUCACUGUUUCGUAUCUUCAUUAAUCAGCUUGACGAAGACGACCUAGAAAUGGCAAGUUCGAAGAAAGUGAUAACACGUGAGGAGUGGGAGAAGAAGCUAAACGCUGUAAAGCUUAGGAAGGAAGACAUGAACACUCUCGUCAUGAACUUUCUUGUUACUGAGGGUUUUGUUGAAGCUGCUGACAAGUUCCAAAGGGAGUCUGGAACUAAACCUGAGAUAGAUCUGUCCACCAUCACUGAUCGAAUGGCUGUUAAAAAGGCUGUGCAAAACGGUCACGUUGAGGAUGCUAUUGAAAAAGUUAACGAUUUGAAUCCUGAGAUACUAGACACGAAUCCGGAGCUCUUCUUUCAUCUUCAGCAGCAAAGGUUGAUUGAACUUAUUCGACAUGGCAAGAUUGAAGAAGCCUUGGAGUUUGCUCAAGAGGAACUUGCUCCACGUGGCGAAGAAAACCAAUCGUUUCUGCAAGAACUGGAAAAAACUGUAGCGCUGCUUGUUUUUGAAGAUGCCUCUAAUUGUCCUGUUAAAGAUCUUCUUGACAUUUCCCACCGCCUUAAGACUGCAAGUGAAGUCAAUGCAGCCAUUCUUACCAGCCAGAGUCAUGAAAAAGAUCCAAAACUUCCAAGCUUGUUGAAGAUGCUGAUUUGGGCUCAGAAUCAGCUGGAUGAGAAAGCAGUGUAUCCGCACAUCAAUGAUUUGUCUACUGCCCAGCUCCAAGACCCCUCAGAAUAAUUCAAUACUUCUUUCAGCAAGAGGCAAAAAAAAAAACUGCAGAAGGGAACAAUCAGUGUUACCCUUCUCUUCCCUUCUACCUCAAUAACAUAUAUGUUUAGCUUUUCUGCUUUUCUUUUUUCUUCUGCAUGGGAACUUGUUGUACCCGGAAUUGUUUAGGAUGUGGAAGGGAACAUAAAACUGUGUGGGGAAUGAAUUAUUCUACUCAAAUGUUGUGAUUCUCAACAUAAUUGCAUGUGCACAAUUGUUUUGAAUGAAGUUAUUGAAUCUUCC